GUCCGAAUCUCUGACUUUCCGGUGCCUUGGGACUUCCUCCUGACGUGAAAGACGCUGCGUAAAGACGCUUGUUGUUACUAGAAGAACCUGGACGAGCCGGGCAAUGGAAGGAUGCUUCCCUUCUGAAAUUGUUUUCAAAGCUGGAGUUUUGGAUGAGAGUACAAGAGUGAAAUCAAGCGAUUGAUUAAGACAAGAGGAAGCGGACAGUCAAGAUCCCAGACAAGAUGAAUAUAUUUGACAGGAACACGAACAUCAAUGCUUUGUUUAAAUUCUCCCAGAUAUCUCCCUCAACCCAGCAGCACCUGAAGAAGGUGUACUCCUCCCUGGCGAUCUGCAUGUUUGUGGCGGCAGCUGGUGCUUACGUCCAUGUGGUCACAAGAAUCUUUCAGGGCGGCUUGCUGUCCAUGCUGCUGUCUCUGGGGCUGAUGCUGUGGCUCUCGUUUACUCCACACAACAGUGAGACUGAGUCCAAGCGGCUCCUCAUCCUGGCUGGAUUCGCGUUCUUCACAGGCACUGGACUGGGACCCAUCAUGGAUUUUGUUAUUUCUGUUGACCCGAGCAUUAUUCCCACAUCAUUCCUGGCCACUGCGCUGAUUUUCUCCUGUUUCACAUUGAGUGCUUUGUACGCCCAGCGUCGCAGCUAUCUCUUCCUUGGAGGCAUUCUGAUGUCUUGCCUAACGGUGCUUUGCUUCCUCCCCUUGAUCAACUUGCUGUUCGGAUCCAUGUUGCUCUUUAAGGCUCAGCUUUACAUUGGACUAGUUGUCUUCUGCGGCUUCAUCCUGUUUGACACUCAGAUGAUCAUCGAGAAGGCAGAGAACGGUGACAAGGAUUACAUCUGGCACUGUGUGGACCUGUUCCUGGAUUUUAUUGCCGUCUUUAGGAAGCUCAUGUUACUGCUGACCAUGAACGAGAAGGAGAAGAAGAGGAACGAGAAGAAAUGAGGGGACCGACCGGACCGACAAUGGCGAAGAUCUCUUUUCCUGCUUUUCUUGCGUUCAUUAAAAAGAAAGAUUGUGAGACUCUCUGACGACUAUCUUAACGCUGGUGCUUAUUUGUAUCCCCAGACCGUCUAAUAGGGUAACGUAGGUUUGCAGCAGUCUGCUUAGAAAUGUGGCUGCUUUUUCCGGGGGUGGGAGGGGAUGGGGUGGGGUGGGAGGGGGGUGGUGUUGGGGGUGGGAGGGUUAGUCAGUAGUUUUGUGAGUAGUUUGGAAUGUUUCUACAUCUUUUAUUGCAGGUCAUUGCUGAGAUUGUUGGGUUGGGGGGGUGGGUGGGGGGGUUAGAAUGGUGUCGUCAUGGAAAUCAAUCAAUGUUCUUUCUCCUUGGUCUUCCUUUCCCCCACCCCAUGUCUUUUAACCACUGGCUCAAAGCCACUGCUUUCUCUCUCUUUCUCUCUCUCAUUCUCUCUCUCUCCCCGCCCCCCCAACACACACACCACACACACACACACACACACUGACCACCAUGUGUGUGCGCGCGCGUGUGUGUGUGGACGGUAGCCCCCUGACUGGAGUGACUGGCCACCACUGUGGGGUUUUUAUUAACAAGAAGAAAUUGCAUUUUUACUAAGCCAAAAUCCUGAGCUCUGCUUUCCCCUCCCACACUCACUCAUUCCUCCAUUCCCUCCCUCCCUCCCUCACUCCUUUUGCUUCUCCCCCCUCCCCCUUUAGAUGUGCCAAUUCGAAUUGCUCGUGUGUGCUACAAGCACGCAAUAGAACACGCCUGUCUUAACCCGGGUGGGCGGGAGGACAGGCUUUACGUUAAUGAUUUGUAGGAGCAAAGUGAUCUCUGCUGUUUAAUGCGCGGCUCCUAACUCACCGUUUAGAAAGCUGCGAUUGCAAUACUGUGAAAAAACAAAGGAAAAAAAAAACAAGCAAUUGGUUUCUUUAACUGAUGAAUGGAGUCUUAAACUUUGUAUUAAUUCCUGUUCUUUGAUUAAAUAAAAUGGCCAUCAAAACAAAA